UGUUUUUCGUUUCCUUACAGAAGGGAGAUUCUCGUCGUGGUUUCCGCAUUGUAUUUAGUGCUUCUUGCGAGUGUUCCUUACCUGUGCUAAUCUCCAUUUUAUAUGGAGAGGUUGAUGUGGAGUGAUACUGCUGAUAGAAAAUGACACCUCAGAGGUGUAGAAAGAACGAGAAACGAAGAAAUGUGCUCACUGUGGAAUUCAAACAAGAAAUUAUUAGAAAGAGAGAAAUGGGGAGAGGAGUGCGUGAUUUAGGUAGAGAAUAUGGCUUGCCGAAAUCAACUAUUGCAAGUAUAAUAGCUAAUAGAAAUAAAAUUAUGGCUGCAAAUGUUAUUAGGGGAUCAUCAUUGGUGUUCGUCAAUGGUACCAGAACUCCCAUUCAUGAAGAAAUGGAGCAGCUCCUAAUGGGAUGGAUUGAUGAAAGCAAGGAGAAAGGUGAUCGAAUCACUAGAGAUAUUAUUUGUGAAAAGGCUAGAAGCAUAUUUGAAGCCCUGAAAUGCUCAGAAAAGGAAGAGGAAUUCAAAGCCAGUAGAGGGUGGUAUGAAAGGUUUAAGAAGAGAAGCAGCAUUGUGAGGCAAGGAGAAAAUGUUCCUAGUGUGGAAGAGGCUCCAGAGGAAUUGAUCAUUGAACUGAACACUGAUGAACUACAAACUCUUCUCCAAGACACCCAUGAAGUUAAGCAAGAGUUUUUCUUGGAACCUGAUGACAGCAGAGCAACAUCCUCAACAGCUUUUGUUGAGUCAAAUCUUCAGAUGUGGGAGGAGUUCAAACCUCAAGAAGUGAAGCAGGAGUUUUCUCCCAUACCUGACCAUAGUACAACAGCAAAUUCCCCUAAUGCCGUCAUUGAGGAGCAUCUGCAAAUGUGGGAGAAGGUUAAAGCAUUUGUGUUGGAGUAUCAUCCUGACAAUGUUGAAGCCAGCAGACUGGUGGAGAUUUUUGGGGAAAAUGUCAUGCACCACUUCAAGGAGCUUCUUGAGAAAAGAGGGCAGCAUAUUACUCCCGAGAGAACCAUUAAUUCUCAAACUUUCCAGGAAGUUGGAGUAGACAUUGAAGUUCAUGCUGAGCAGCUGAACCUUCUUCAAAAUACACUCAAAGCAGGUGCUGAAAAAGAAAGGAAGAAACAGACCACUUUGGACAGGUUUCUUUCUCCACCACACCCCAAGAAAGCUGUGAGAGAGGGUGAAAUGAAUGCAGCACAGCUGAGUCUUCUACCUGCAGUGGGAUCUGCAGAACUUUGUUUGACCUGAUUUGUUCCUUUUACAUGUUUUGUAUUGUUUUCCUGGGCUGGAAAGUGAAGAUAAAUUGCAUCCUGUGAUUAUAUUCUUCUCUUGUACCAAUUAUUUUUAAUCGUAUCUCAAUGGACUAGGAAUGGCCAUCAGUGGGUUCUCAAA